GAAUACAACUCACAACUCAGUUACAUGAGAGUACAACUCACAACUCAGUUACAAGAGGGUAUAACCCACAACUCAGUAACAUGGGAAUACAACUCACAACUCAGUUACAUGAGAGUACAACUCACAACUCAGUUACAUGAGAGUAUAACUCACAACUCAGUUACAUGA